CUUUGGACAGAAAUACAAACAGAAGCUUACGUACGGAAAAGCUGACAUGACGUGAGGCUGUGUUCAUACUGUCUGUUUUAAAAGAUCCACGAGGCGAGAUGGCAGAGGGAGAGGAGGCCAUGAGUCCAGACGACUGGAAGGAGAAGUGUGAGGUUCUGGAGGCGCUGCUCAUGAAGUUCAGAGUCCAGAUCAUCAAGAUUCGAGAGCUCACUGCCGACAAGAUUCAACAGUUGGAGGCUCAGGUGAUUGAUGCAGAGAAACGUGCCUUUGUCGCUCACCAACAGGUGCAGUGGAUGGAGGAGAAGCUGCGCUCUCCAGAGGGGCAGACAGGGGGCAGUAGUGAGGUGCGUUUGUUUGAACAGUGUCAGGAUCUCCAGGCGAUGCUGCAGGAGAAGAAUGAGACCAUCUCACAUCUGGAGCAGCAGCUGGAGGAGCAGAAACAAAGCAGGCUUCAAGAUGCCAAAACUGUGGAAGAGAAAGCGGCCAAGAUCAAAGAGUGGGUUAUGCUCAAACUGUCCGAGUUUGAAGCUGAGAAUGCGACCUUAAGAGAAACUAACAAACAGCAGGAGGCACAGAUCCUGGAACUCCAGAAACAAGUGGAGGAGUUGGAACAGAAGAGUGCAGUAUCCCAGACUAAACCAGGGGAGGCGCAGCGUCUGAGCAGCCUCACCUUCGGCUGUUUCCAGGUUCGAGGGAAGAGCCCCCAGGUCCUGACAGGACCUUCCCCAUCACAGAGGGCCCUCAGCUCCACAGGGGAGGCAGAGGAGGGUAACACUACAGAAAAGAGCAGUGAUCCCAACUCUUCUGCUCCUGACGCAGAGGUCCACAGUCCAGAGCAGCCUGGCCCCGUCUUCUCUCUGGAGGAGGACAGCGCCUCCGAAGGCCUGGAGGAGAGCAGCGUGUGUGGUCGGGCGUCUCGGGGAGUGUCCUCUGUGCUGUCCAGUGCUGCUUCUGAGGGGGAGGGGGUGGGGUCAGAGGAGCGAGGGGGCGGAGCUUUGGAAUUCAGCCGUCCAACCAGCGAAGCUUAUCUGACCGCAUCGGACGAUAGCAGCUCUCUAUUCGACGAUGACAUGCAGCGGACACUAGGGGGCAGUAAAGAGGUUGUCAAAAUCAAACUGGAAGAUUCAGAUGAGCUCAAUAAGCGUUUCCAAUCCCAAAGACUGGAUUCUUCAUCAUCAUCCAGUGAAGCUAACACUCCCAGCCCGAUUUUAACCCCAGCGCUAACCCCCAAACGCCCACCCCAGGAUCCUAGAGACACCCCUGCCUCUCCCAAACAACCGCGACUGAGAACUCCAACCGGAUUUGGAAUUAUGAAUAUCUCUUUGGCCAAAAAACACUUAAGUCAACCUCCUACCCCAUCUGAAAUUACACACGGACAAACCAGGAAUGCUCUAAGCAUGCUUCGCCCCCUCAGGCCCCAUGAAACCAACCUGGAUCAAGAAGCUGGCAUGGAAACGGGGAAGGAUGCACCUCCCAAUUCCAAAACUCCAUCCCCUUCAUCCUCCACCCCUACUUCUACUGGUUCAUGUGUACAGAACUCUCCAUGUUUGACUGAAGUUGGUGCACAGGUGGAGGAAGAGACGGCAGAGUCUGAUGGAACAACUCCAGGGAAUAAGCCUCCAACCCCCCCUCUGCACAGGCUGCCAUCUUGGGAGAGUCGUAUCUACGCUGUGGCCAAGUCAGGAAUCAGACUGUCCGAGACGUCAUGCACAGACUCUGCAAGCAAAGACCCUUCUCUCCAGUCGUCGUACCCGGCCUUUGUCAUGUACACAUCUAUGAUCUACAAGAAUAUGACCACACCAGUCUACACAACUCUUAAAGGGAAAGCCACCCUCCUGAGCAGCAGCCCGUUCACAGAUGAGUCUUCGGGCUCCGAGGACUCAUCGAGUUCAGGGGAAGAAGAGGGCUCUGUCUACAGCUCUCAGGCCUCCUCUGGGUCACGCAAAGACAGCAGCCCCGGCAGCCCACGGUCACUCAAGAGAGCGGUGUCCAUGUCCUCAGUGACGUCAGAGAGUGACUAUGCCAUUCCUCCAGACGCCUACAGCACAGACACAGAAUGUUCUGAACCAGAACAGAAACUGCCGAAAACCUGCUCUUCCUCCAGUGAUAAUGGCAAGAGUGAACCAAUGGAGAAAUCUGGGUACUUGCUGAAAAUGGUGAAGACCUGGAAGAAAACCUGGAAGAGGAGAUGGUUCGUCCUGAAAGACGGCGAACUCCUCUACUACAAGUCACCAAGUGACGUGAUCAGGAAACCACAGGGUCAAAUUGAGGUCAAUGCAUCAAGCAACAUCGCCCGAGGAGAAGGCAAACAAAUACUACAGAUUGUGACAGGGAAGCUUGUGUACUACCUGAAGGCAGACUCUCCUAAUCUGCUGGACGAGUGGCUCAAAGUUUUACAGUGUGUCCUGAGGGUCAAAACUGCCAGUCCUCUGUUCACUCAACCUGACAUUAGACCCGGCAUGAAGGGGCUGCUCAUCAAGGUGAAGCAUGGUUACUCCAAGAGGGUUUGGUGUGCUCUGAUUGGAAAAACGCUCUACUACUUCAGAAGCCAAGAAGACAAGUUUCCUCUGGGUCAGAUCAAACUCUGGGAGGCACGGGUAGAGGAGGUGGACCGGUCACGUGACUCUGAGGACUUGAGCAUUUGUGGGCGGAGCUUACAGGGAGCUCACUUCACCAUCUCCGUCCAGCCUCAGGAACAAGGCCCCACCUACCUCCUCAUAGAAUCACGACAUGAGAAGGAUGCGUGGCUGUACCAUCUCUCUGUAGCAGCGGGGUCAAUGAUUGGCAAAGUUGGGACUGAGUUUGAACAACUGGUGGGAAAACUCUUCCAGCUCGACGGAGAUCCAAGCUCUCAGAUUUGGAGACACCCAAUGCUUUGCUUCAGUAAAGAGGCACUGGCAUCUCCUCUCACCACACUCCCUUCACAGGCUCUACAGACUGAGGCUGUCAAAUUAUUUAAGACCUGUCAGCUGUUCAUAAACGUGGCGAUCGAUGCUCCUGCCAUAGACUACCAUGUAUCCCUGGCUCAGAGCGCACUCCAGGUGUGUUUGGCCCAUUCAGAGCUGCAGAACGAGCUCUUCUGCCAGCUCAUCAAACAGACGAGGAGGAGGCAGCCACAGGGCCAGCCCGGACCACUACAGGGUUGGCAGUUUUUGGCCUUGUGCGUGGGACUGUUCCUACCCCAGCAUCCUUUUCUAUGGUUACUUCAGGUGCAUCUCAAACGACAUGGAGACUCAAGGUCAGAGGUGGGUAAAUACGCCAUAUACUGCCAGAGGUCUAUGGAGCGCACUCAGCAGAAAGGGGAGAGGCAGUCCAGGCCAUCCCGAAUGGAGAUUCUGUCCAUCUUACUGAGGAACCCAUAUCACCACUCCCUUCCCUUCAGUGUCCCCGUCCACUUUCUCAACAACACCUACCAGGUGGUCAGUUUCGAUGCAUCUACUACAGUGGAUGAGUUUCAGACUCGACUAAACCAGGACUUGGAGAUCAGGAAAACGGGUCUGUCCGGGUUCAGCCUGUACACAGACGAUCCAACAGGGCGUGAUCUGGAGCACUGUCUGCAGGGGGCAAUCAAGAUUUGUGACAUAAUUUCGAAAUGGGAGCAGGUCUCUAAGGAGCAGCACACUGGGAAGUCCGAAAACACCAGGACUGUUCGUCUUACCUACAAGAACAGGCUGUACUUCUCUCUGCAGGCGAGGGGGGAGUCCGACAGGGAGCGGGUCCUGUUGACGUAUCAAACCAAUGAAUCGAUUGUAGCGGGACACUUCCCUGUUAAUAAAGAACUGGCUCUGGAGAUGGCGGCCCUCUUGGCCCAGGUGGAGUUUGGUGAUUUUGAGCGUCCAUUUUCCGCUCCUGGUUCAGCCCUCACCAAAUCCACUCAAACCCUCAAACAAGUUCUGGAGAGAUUCUACCCCAAACAUUACAGAAGGUCCCUCUCAGAAGAACAACUCAGACAAUUCCUACAGCGGCUGGCAGCUCGGUGGGCAUCUCUCAGGGGUCGAAGUUCAUCUGAGUGUGUUCGGAUCUAUCUCACUGUCGCUAGAAAGUGGCCGUUCUUUGGAGCUAAGCUGUUUGAGGCAGAAUGGGAGAGUGCAUCUCCGGAACAGGCAGGACGUGUGUGGCUCGCUGUUCAUGAAGAUGGCAUCAGUGUCCUGGAGCACAACUCAAUGAAACCAAUGGUCUCUCACUCGUACAAGAAUCUGAUGACGUUUGGAGGCCAUAAGCAGGACUUCAUGCUGGUGGUGGGACAGAGUACCAAUGGGACCAAAGACAAACCUUCAGAAAAACAUUUGUUUUCUAUGGACAGCUCUAAGAUUCGGGAGGUGACUCUUCUCAUCUCCAGCUACAUAAACAGUGCACACCAGCAGAAGUCCGCAGCGCACCACCUCUCUGCCCCCGCCCUGAUGGUGGCUCAGCCCAUCAGCCUCAAGAGCAAAGAACUACGGAGCAAGUCCCCUCCUGCCAUGGGACGUCCCAGCAAGGCACCCACACUGCUCUAACUUCAAUAUAAAAAGAUACAGAAAGAAUAUUUAGUUG